CUCACCACAAAACCAAAUCAUACCGUCCUCCCCAAACUCAUAUCUAUAAAAUUCAUUAUCUCCAAACACUUCCAAAAUGUCCGAAAAAUACGACUGGCUCGUCCAAAUCCCUGUGAACACAGCCGACAUGCAAGCAUGGGCCAACGCCCGCGAGGCGCAUCUCGCCCACCUCAAACCCUACGUUGCUGAUGGAACCAUCGUUUUCGCCGGGCCUACCCUAGCAGCGCAUCCCAAAAGUCCGGAAGACAAGUUAGAAAUCACAAGCAGCGUGAUGAUGUUCCGAGCAGGGACAGAGCAGGAAGUGCGCUCCAUCGUUAGCAAGAAUGCCUUUGUCGAGGUGGGCGUUUGGGAUAUGGAGCGUGCGGUGGUAUCACCUUUUAAAUGUGGAGUAAGGGCUGCGGCUUGAUCAAUUUGAUUUGAUUUGGGAUGUUGGGAUAUUUUUGUUUAUAAUGAAAUAAUGCUCGAUAUCUAGCGUCGUG